UUCCUCCGGCCGCGGAGAAGGGCAUGGAGUUCGCGGGAGCCUAUAAAAGCCCCUGAGAGCCCGCCGAGGCCACGGCGUUGCGAUAGCCGACGGAGCCGAGCGGGUGCAUCAUGUCCCAUCACUGGGGGUACGACAGCCACAACGGACCCGCGCACUGGCACGAGCACUUCCCCAUCGCCAAUGGGGAGCGCCAGUCGCCCAUCGCCAUCAGCACCAAGGCCGCCCGCUACGACCCCGCGCUGAAGCCCCUCAGCUUCAGCUACGAUGCCGGCACGGCCAAAGCGAUCGUCAACAACGGGCACUCCUUCAACGUGGAGUUCGACGACUCCUCUGACAAGUCAGUGCUGCAAGGAGGAGCGCUGGAUGGAGUCUACAGGUUGGUGCAGUUUCACAUUCACUGGGGAUCCUGUGAGGGCCAGGGCUCUGAGCACACUGUGGAUGGCGUGAAGUAUGAUGCUGAGCUUCAUAUUGUUCACUGGAAUGUAAAAUAUGGCAAAUUUUCUGAAGCUGUGAAGCAUCCUGACGGUUUGGCUGUGGUAGGCAUCUUCAUGAAGGUAGGGAAUGCCAAACCUGAAAUACAGAAAGUUGUUGAUGCUCUGAACUCCAUUCAAACCAAGGGGAAACAAGCUUCUUUCACAAACUUUGACCCUACUGGACUGCUGCCUGCAUGCAGAGACUAUUGGACGUACCCUGGCUCACUGACCACUCCACCACUGAAUGAAUGUGUGAUCUGGCACGUUCUGAAGGAACCCAUCACUGUCAGCUCUGAGCAGAUGUGCAAACUCCGUGGCCUUUGCUUCAGUGCUGAGAAUGAGCCGGUGUGCCGCAUGGUGGACAACUGGCGCCCAUGCCAGCCUCUGAAGAGCAGGGAAGUCAGAGCUUCCUUCCAGUAAACCUCAGCGAUGAGUGUGUUAGAAACUGCUGUGUUUGUGAGGAACCCUUUUUCCUAAGCACAAAUCAAACCUUUGCCAUGUGUGCCCUGGCAACAACUUGUCUCCCAUAUUCAUUCUCUCUUUCGCUCUGCAUCUAAAAUGCCAGCUAAUGAAAUGUGAAAGGCUCUUAGCCAAACAGGAAGGGGUUCUUAAUGUGUGGGGCUGAGGGAAACCUGAGGGGGGGCUGUAUGCAUUUUGAUGACUUGCUCUGACUGACAUUUUGGUAUAACAAACAAUAUAUUGGCUGUUUGGGAGAGCAUAUGGUGAUAGCAAAAUAAGCCAUUCUAAGAAACCUCAUCCACUGUUGUGAUAGUACAUAUAACUAAUGAUAACUUGAAGCUUUGUCAAAAGCACAGGAAUACAAAAUAUAGGUAUAGUA